AUGAUUGACAGGGCAGUGGCUAAUUGUAGGUGGGUAGAGUUGUUCAAAAAUAGAGAGGUGGAGGUGUUGACAGUAAGGCAGUCUGAUCAUAAAGCACUUUUGUUGAGUAUGUAUAAGGGUGGUGCCCUGAACAUGAGGAGGAGAAGAAUAUUUAGAUUUGAGGCAAAGUGGACUCUUGAGGAAGAAGUAGGGGCUGUUAUUGAAGAUGUAUGGAAAAGAAGAGUUAGUGUGCAAAAUCUAAUGGGACAGGAAGAUAUAAAAUGGAAGCACAGGGCUAAGCAGAAUUGGUAUAAAAAUGGGGACCAGAAUACAAAGUUUUUCCAUUCAUGUGCUAAUCAGAGGAGAAUUAAGAAUCGGGUGAAGGAAAUCAAGGAUGAUAAUGCUAGAGUGGUGAUUGAGCAAGGUGAGAUGGAGAGGAGACCUUAUGUUGAGGAAGAAGUUAUGAUUGCUUUAAAGCAAAUGGCACCACUGAAAUCCCCAGGGCCUAAUGGAUAUGGGGCUUGUUUCUAUCAAGCAUAUUGGGGUACAGUAAGGGAAGAGGUGUGCAAGGUAUUGGAAAAUAGACUUAAGAAAGUGCUUCCUUUACUGAUUUCCAACAGUCAAAGUGCUUUCAUCCUGAGGAGAUUGACAACUGAUAACAUGAUGAUUGCAUAUAAAGCUUUGCACACAAUGAAGACAAGGCAAAAGAGGAAGGUGGGAAGUAUGGCCUUAAAGUUAGACAUGGCAAAAACAUAUGACAGGCUUGAGUGGAGUUUUGUGGAGAAUAUCAUGAGGAAGAUGGGUUUUGGGGAAAGGUGGAUUGGGCUGGUUAUGCAGUGUGUUUCUUCUGUCACCUAUUCGGUUUUGGUAAAUGGAUGUGAGAUCCAAGGGGUUGCUAUUGCAAAAGGUGGAACAAGGGGAAGUCAUUUGCUGUUUGCAGAUGACUGUGUUAUUUUUGAGAGAGCAAGAAUGGCUGAGUGGCACAAAAUUCAUGGAUUGCUAGAAACGAAUGGAAAGGCUUCAGGGCAGCAACUUAAUUUGCAGAAGACAACCAUCAUUUUUAGCUCCAACACUGCAGAAUCUGUGAGACAAGAUGUACAAAAAGCAGUGGAGUACCUGUCUGUGGAUCCUAUGAGAAAUAUCUUGGCCUACCUGCUAUGGUUGAAGUUGGGAAGGGAUGAAGUGGAAGUAGUAGCCUACAUUUUGAGAAGGAUUUGGAUGAGGUGGAACUCUUGGAUUUUUGAAAACGGAUUUGAUGAGGCAAAACAAGUAAUAAGAGCUACUAAGCAAGCGGAGGUCGAAUAUAAGGAAGCAAAUCUUAGAUGCUUCCAGGAGGGGGUAUACUGCAGUAAGCUUAGAAGGGAGUCUGCAAGAUGGGAGAAGCCUUUAAGGGAGGAAAUCAAAGUAAACUGGGACACCACAAUAGAUGAAAAAAUGAAGACAAUAGGGAUUGGGGUUGUUGGAAGGGAUGAUCAAGGGGAAAUUAUGGCCUGCUUAUGCUUUGUUGUGGAAAAUCAAAAUGUGGCUUGCAUGAUAGAGGCUAUGGCCUCAAAAGAGCUGUAA